GUUUUGACUUAACCCUCAAUUUCCUAUAAAUAGUAACCAACUUCCUCCGAUCCCUCACCAAAAAAAAUUGUCAAGCUCGAUUAGAAACAUCAUCAAGCCACAAGUACACACACAAGAAGCACCAAAGUGAUGUCGAACUUCCACUUCCACUUCAUUCUCUUCUCCCUCCUCGUCUCCUCCGCCGUCCUCCCCUCCUUCUCUGCCACCGCCGAGCUCUGCAAUGCCGACGACAAGAGGGCCCUCCUCCGGAUCAAGAAAGCCUUCAACGAUGCCUACGUCCUCUCCUCCUGGGACGCGGCCACCGACUGCUGCGACUGGAACAACGUUGAGUGCGACGGCACCACCCACCGCAUCGUCGCCCUCAACGUCCCCCUCGGCGACCUCUCGGGCCCCAUCCCCUCAGCUGUGGGCGACCUCCCUUACCUCGAGACCAUCUACCUCCACAAGCAGCCCAACCUCACCGGAAACAUCCCCCGCUCCCUCCUGAAGCUCAAGAACCUCCAGUACUUGACCCUCAGCUACAACAACCUCUCCGGCCCCAUCCCGGUGUUCCUCGGCGACCUCACCAACCUCAUCUUCCUCGACCUAUCCUACAACCGCUUCUCAGGCCCGAUCCCGAGCUCCCUCUCCAACCCCCCGAACCUCCGGUCUCUUCGGCUCGACCGUAACGCCCUCUCCGGCUCAAUCCCUGCCUCGCUCGGCCACAUCCAGGGCAGCAGCCCUUACCUGUACCUGUCCAACAACCAGCUCACCGGUGAGGUCCCCUCAGCGCUCGGGGACGUCGAUUUCACAUACAUCGACCUGUCGCGGAACCAGCUUUCUGGCGACCCCUCGGCGCUGUUUGGGAGGAAUAAGAGCACGCAGCAGAUCUACCUGUCGAGGAACAUGUUCGAGUUCAACAUGUCGGAGAUGGAGCCGCCGCAGGAUGACCUGAUCGCUCUGGACCUGAACCACAACAAGAUCUACGGGGCGAUUCCGGCGGCCAUGACCGGGGUCGCGAAUCUGCAGAUCUUUAAUGUGAGCUACAACAGGCUUUGCGGGGAGAUCCCGGUCGGGGGGAGGCUGCAGAGCUUUGACUCCACCGCUUACUUCCAUAACCGGUGCUUGUGCGGCACUCCUCUUGAUAGCUGCAAGUGAUGAUGAUCAUCAUCAUCGAGAGAGAGUUUGGCCAUGAAUGAAAUUGAGUGUGUGUGUGUGUGUGUGUGUGAGUGUGUAGCGGUGCUCCUUGUCAAGUGUGACGCAUGCUAAAUAAUGUCGUUGUCUCUGUUCAUUUCCUAAUUCUUUUUUCCUUUUUUUACUUCCAAUAAUGUGAAGCUGCUCACAUGUGUGAAAGUGUAGGAGGAGAUCAAAUUGUGUAUGGCAUGGCUAUUAAGGAUAUGUUCCUUUUUCUUUUUCUUCCCAAA